AUGUCAACAACGUUCAUCAAAAUCGCCAUCCUCCUCCAAUAUCUCCGAACUUUUGAAAAGGGUUCCAAGUCCUACACCCUGACCAUCGUCAUGAUCGUCCUCACGUCCAUGUGGGGCAUCGCAUUCAUGUUCCUUGCCUGGGUCCCCUGCAUCCCGGUCCGCGGGUACUGGGACUGGAGCCAGCCGACGAUAGGGCGCUGGGGUUUUGGGACACAGGUGGCGGAGGAUCUGAUCAAGACAUAUGAGGCCCACGCGACGAGCAACAUGCUCCUCGACUUCAUCAUUUUCGCUAUCCCGCUACCGCUGUACUUCAACAAGGAAGCCAAUAAGAGGUCGCGCAAGGGUGUUCUCGGUCUCUUCCUUCUCGGCAGCGUCGUCCUCAUGCUCUCUGCCUGGCGCCUCGUCUCCCUCGUCCGCUCCCGCGCAGGAACCUACCCCACUCUCGACCCGACGUGGUACGCCCCGGUGCCCAUGGUCCUCGCCAUUCUCGAGAUCGAUGUCGCCGCGAUCUGCGCCUCUCUUCCCGUCUUCUGGCCCGUUCUCAGGAGCGGUAUCGGGCAAAUUUUUGUCACGCAUGAAGUCAAGGUCGAGGUCACGACCGAAGAAUAUCCCCGCGACGACGACCUCGAUCUGGAACUGGCGCAUUGCCCGGGCACGAGCUUCUCGUACUCGCAGCCUUCGCCGACGGCGGACACGGACAAGCUGUUUGAGGUGCCGGAAACAAGGAUAUUCGGGGCAUACAUGCAGGGUAAAACCACGACCGAGGUCACCAAGGUUGGGUAA